AUGACUUCGACGCAGGAAGAGUACGACCACUUCGAGCACCUGCUCCCGCCCAGCUGGAAGACGCAGGUGACGGCGUGGCUGCAAGAAGAUACGCCGUCUUUCGAUUACGGCGGCUUCGUCGUAGGGGAAGCACCGCGCGAGGCGUUCCUUCUCGGCAAAGGGAGCAAGACCGCGGUGCUUGCAGGCGCGCCGUUCUUUACCGAGGUCUUUACCCAAGUCGGUUGCGAAGUCGAAUGGCACCUGAAGGAGGGCGAGACGUUCGAGCCCGUGAAGCACGUCGCGACCGUCAGAGGCAAGGCACGGCACAUCCUCCUUGGCGAGCGUGUCGCGCUCAACAUGCUCGCGCGCUGCAGUGGCAUCGCUACUCAGUCCAAGAAGAUCAAGGACCUCGCGCGCGCGAAUGGGUACAAGGGAAUCGUCGCGGGCACGCGCAAGACGACGCCGGGCUUCCGUCUCGUCGAGAAGUACGGGAUGCUUGUCGGUGGGAUCGACCCCCACCGCCACGACCUUUCGAGCAUGAUCAUGCUCAAGGAUAACCACAUCUGGUCCUCCGGCUCGAUCACCAACGCGAUCAAGCAGGCGCGCAAGGUCGGCGGGUUCAGCCUGUUGCUCGAGGUAGAGGUCGGGUCCGAGGCGGAGGCAAACGAGGCGAUUGACGCGGGCGCGGACAUCGUGAUGCUCGACAACAUCGAGGGCGCGGAGCUCGUGGGCGUCGCGCGUCGCCUGCGGGAGAAGUGGCGCGGGGAACGCAAGUUCUUGUUUGAAAGCAGCGGGAACAUCACCGAGGCGAAUCUGCACGAGCGCGCGAUUAAUGAGAUCGACAUCCUGAGCACGAGCGCGGUGCACCAGUCGGUGCAACACAUAGAUUUCAGUCUCAAGAUCCAGAAGCCAAAGAACUAG